CCGCAGCGAAGAACCGCAACAAGAGAAUCUACGAAUUAUGCAAUUAGUGUGUCGUGCAGCCGGCGAAAAUGUAUCGGAAAAUCGCAGUGCGCUCAUAGAGACUAUGACUAAUGAUGUGUCGCAUAUUGAACUUUAAUCGUUUGGUCCACGGUUGGAGUGUCCACAAUCUAUAUAAGUGUACGUGCUAGAGUGAAUCCAGUUCAUUCCCAAAGUCGCCGUUUUCUUCCAUAUACAUCAGACCGUUGUUUUUACCGGAGCGCAUUUGUACGGCCUUCGAGUACAACAGCACAUCGCGAUACACGCGUGUUACGACCACCUCGAGACUUGAGAAAGGCUUACAAAACGUAAAUUUAAAAAAAAAAUAAUAGCAACAGACCAUCAGUAAGAGACGAAGACUUAACGAUGGAAGCCGUGCUCCAAGAGGCAGCCAGUGUUACGUUGGACACGAACGGUGCUAGUGCUUACGCAAACCUCAACCCAACCGAAGAAGACACCGUCGUACCGCUCGUCAACCAAACCGAAGAUGCUGGAUUCAGCAUGCUACCAUCGACGGAACCCGUCGACAUGCAGUUCGAGAACAUCGUCUUCACAGCUACGACCGGAUUAUUCAAAAAAGAGAAGAAAGAGAUUUUGCAUAAGAUCAAUGGAAGGUUUCCGCAAGGUCAGCUGAUCGCAAUCAUGGGUCCAUCCGGAGCUGGAAAGAGUACGCUUCUAGAUGUGCUCAGCGGUUAUAGGAUUACGGGAAUCGAGGGUACGGUUUACACGAACGGUACGCCGAGGGAUUUGAACGCGUUCAGGAAGUUGUCCUGCUACAUCACGCAGGACGAUCGGCUGCAGCCUCUUCUUACCGUGAAGGAGAACAUGAAAGUAGCUGCUGAUCUCAAAUUGGGCACCGAUGUUACGCAGAAGGAGAAGGAUGCUAUUAUUGGAGAAAUUUUGAAAACCCUUGGAUUGGAUAAGGCUGUGAACACGAGAGCCGCCCGUUUAUCUGGUGGACAGAAGAAGCGUUUAUCUAUUGCUUUGGAAUUGGUUAAUAAUCCGCAAGUGAUGUUUUUGGAUGAACCAACGACCGGUUUGGACAGUUCCUCUUGCAGUCAAUGCGUGAAACUGCUGCAGUUCUUGGCGCAUCAAGGAAGAACUAUUGUGUGCACUAUCCAUCAACCAUCUGCCUCUCUUUUCCAACUCUUUGAUCAGGUGUAUGUUUUGGCUGCGGGAAAGUGUUUGUACCAAGGUAGUACGGAUAAUUUGGUUCCCUUCUUGGAAGAUGUGGACUGCCCUUGCCCCAUGUACCAUAACCCAGCUGAUUAUGCAAUCGAAUUGGCGUGUGGCGAAUACGGAGAGGACAAAAUCGAUCGGAUGGUCAAAGCUACCGACAACGGAAAGACCAUUUCCUGGUUGAAGAACUUCGAUGUUUUGCCCACACAAAAGGCCCUUAAAGAUAAGUACAGAAAGGCUGCCAGAAAGACUGAUCAAAGCGAGUCGCUGCACGCGACUUCCGCCUCUCAUCAAUUGAAGAUUUUACUCAAGCGCGAUUUCCUGAAAUCGAGACGCGAUUCGACUUUGACCUAUAUGAGGAUUGGAGUUAAUGCCAUCACCGGUCUCAUGCUUGGAACACUUUACUGGCAAGCAGGAGUCGACGGUUCCAAAGUCAUUGACAACUACAACUUGCUCUUCUCUAUUUUGAUGCACCACAUGAUGUCCACUAUGAUGUUAACCAUUUUAACUUUCCCCAAUGAAAUGUCCAUUUUAACUAAAGAACACUUCAACAGAUGGUAUUCGUUGAAAAUGUAUUAUACGUCCGUGACCUUAGUCGAUAUACCAAUAUCGAUUUUCUGCUGCAUCGUGUUUACUGUUAUCAUUUACACAAUGACUGCUCAACCGCCGGACAUGGAGCGAUUCGGAAUGUUCUCUGCUAUCAGCAUUUUGGUCGUCUUCGUUGCACAAAGUUUCGGUCUCAUGAUUGGAGCCGUCUUCAAUGUUGUUAACGGAACGUUCUUGGGACCUACUCUUUCGGUACCGAUGAUGAUGUUCGCCGGUUUCGGUGUAUCUCUGAAGGACCUUCCACCUUAUCUGUACUGGGGCAGCUACAUUUCGUACCUGCGUUACGGUCUUGAAGGAAUCGUGGGCGCAAUUUACGGUAUGGAGAGGCCGACGUUGGAUUGUCCCGGAGAGAAAUACUGCCACUACAAGUAUCCAACGAAAUUCCUCAAGGACAUCGACAUCAAAGGCGAUCAGUUCACCAACGACAUCAUCUCUCUAUUGAUCAUCCUGUUCUUCCUCAGGAUCGUCGCCUACGUCCUGCUCAGAUGGAAACUCGUUGCAGUCAGAUAAACCAAAAACAAACAACAAAAAGAAAGAUAUAUAAAUAGUAUAUAAGAAAAAAAUCAAUACAGGAAAAGCCAAAACCAAAUCAUAAAAAAGACAACACAACGAUUCCUUUUUUUUUAUAUUAAUUCUUCAUAUAUAUUGUUUAUAUCUGUAUUCCUCUUACAGUGUAUUCUAUAUUUGUACAUAAAGUGAUUUUACCGUAUAAGUUAAUCAGCAGGACAGCGUGUAGUGCAUAUUUAUUUGAUUUAAGUGUAAGAUGAUCAACGUUGAAUCAGGGUUCACGAAACUGACGAAGACGAUCUUGGCUGUGCAAAUCAACAAAGACAAGAAAACAAUGCAGAAACACAUACAA